UUGAUUAAACAAACCACAAAAUAAGCCUAUAACUAUGAGCGGUAGACUAUUUGAUGGAUCGGAAGACGAGGCUGACGACCUGCAGUUAACGACCAACCAGGACUAUGCCAAGACGUACAACAUUCUGCGCAAGAAAGAGCUGCUUCAAAAAUAUAAAGAUCGCGGCCUGGAUGUGUCCGAGUCCGAGUUCGACAGUGACAGCGAAUCAUCGGAGGAGGAUGAGGUGGAUCCCCAAUUCGAUCAAGACUUCUUCAAGACACUCUCUUCGCUGAAGAGCAAAGAUCCACGAAUAUACGACAAGGAAACGCGUUUCUUCAACGAGUCCGAGGACGAAGACAACAAAGAUGAGCAAACAAAAAAGAAAAAGUCCAGCAAGCCCAAGCCGGUCACAUUGAAGGACUACGAACGAAAGGUUAUUCUCGAGCAUAAUGGCAAGUUUGAGAGCUCCGAUGACGAGCAACAGCAGAAGGAGGAGGAGGAGUUUGAGCGGGCACAGUCACCCACUGCAGUGGAGGAAGAGCGACGCCUAAAGGCAGAGUUUAGUAAGGUAAUGAGCCAGGAGGACAACGGAGAAGAGGAGGAGUUCGGUGGCAUAUUUAAGAAACGUACCAAGACUAAAGAGCAAACGGAUGCGGAAGAGGCGGAUUUUGCCAAGUGGCUGACGGGCCAACAGACAAAGAUUGAACAGAAUGACAAAGAGCAGCUGGAACCCCUGAAGGAAUACUGGAGCAGCAACAAGCUGACGCAGGGCGAGUGUUUCCUCAGGGACUAUAUUCUCAGCAAGGGAUACGCCAACACAGAUGCCUCGGAGAUACCCACCUACGAUGAGAUUGUGGGCGACAAUGCCCCGCUGUCCGAGGACGAGCAGGAACUGGAGAAGCAGGCCGAGUUUGAGCAAAAGUACAAUUUCCGAUUCGAGGAACCAGAUGCAGAGUUUAUCAAGCGUUAUCCUCGCACCGUAGAGCAAUCGAUUCGUCGCACAGACGACAAGCGGAAGGAGAAGCGCAAGGAGGUAAAGGAGCGCAAGGAGCAGGAGAAACAGCAGAAAAUGAAGGAACUGGAUCUGAUCAAGGACAUGAAGCGCAAGGAAAUCGAGGAGAAAAUUCGCAAGCUGAAAGCAGUUACGGGCAACGAUGAGCUGGGAUUCAGGGACGAGGAACUGGAGGAGGACUUUGAUCCGGCAGCCCACGAUCGUCGCAUGCAAGAGUUGUUCGACGAUGAGUACUACAACGUCGAUGAAGGCGAAGAGAAGCCAGAGUGCCCCUCGGAUAUUGACGAAUUGACUCUGGAGGACUGGGACAACUAUGACCCCAGGAAACUGAAUGAAAUGGAUCACGAUGAUGUCGAGCACUGUGAAGAUGAUGAUUUCAACAUGGACUGCGACUACGAUCCAUCAACGUCGAAGCAGCAACUGCAGCAGGAGCUGAUCGAGAACACACGCGGUCGCAAGGGUCGCAAAGGGCGACGCAAUCGUUUCAUGGAGAUGAUUCAGGCGGAGAAGCCAGCCUUUAACCCCGAAGAAGAGAAGACCUACGGCGAAUACAUCGACGAGUACUAUCAACUGGACUGCGAGGACAUAGUCGGGGACCAGCCGUGCCGCUUUAAGUACGUCGAGACCACACCGAACGACUUCGGCCUGACCAUCGAAGAGAUCUUGCUGGCCAAAAACAAGGAGCUCAACCAAUGGGCUAGUCUCAAAAAGGCAGUGCAGUUCAGACCAGAGCAUGUGGAAAAAAAGGAGCAACGUUUAUACAAAAUGAAGGCCAAGAACGAAGAUCUCAAGCGAAAGAUAUUCAAGAGUCUGUAUGGGGAUGAGGGUUCCGAUGAUGAGGAUCAGCCAGCUGGGGAGAGUCCCCAACCGGCCGCACCUGCUGACACGAGCAGUGUGUCUGCAACAGCAGCUGCUCAAGUCCCCACUGAGGGCCUGUCCAAAUCGAAGAGAAAACGUUUGAAACGUAAGGCAGCAGCAGCAGUUGCAGGGAUUCCCAAACAGAUCGCAAAGGAUAACGAUAAUGAAGUGAAUGAUUCAGAGAGCCGAAGGGAACAAGAUGAACCUGCCACAAAAAAGAGCAAGGAAGUGGAAGAUCAAACACCCAACGAAGUCGAGAAGCAGCAGCAGCAGCAGCAGCAGCAGGAAAAUAAAACUAAGACAAAUAAUGCUGUUGGUAAAAACCAAAAGUCCCCCAAAACAGUGACUAAAGCUAGGCCAGCACAAAAUCAGAGUCCAAAAGGCUCAACAGCAGAAAAAUCAAAUGGCAAUAACCCAUUUAAUAGGAAUCAAAAUCAAGCGAAGCCUCGAGCCCAGGCGGCAGUCAAAAACUUCCAAGGUAAACGGAAGCAAGGGUUAAAUGCAUCCUCUGAUGGCAAUCCCUUCCAAGGCAAAGAGAGAAAGGCGCCAAAUGCACCAACAGGGACCAGUCCCUUCAAAGGCAAACAGAAUCAAGCGACAAGUCCGUCAUCUGGUGCGAAUCCAUUUAAAAAAUCAAACCAGAAGUCUGGAGAAAGACCAUUCCCAGCAAAGAAGACGAACAACUUCAAAGCAAAAAGCAGGACAGACACGAAUCCCAGUGGAAUAACCGACGAUCGCCUGAAGGCCUAUGGCAUAAAUCCCAGAAAGUUCCACAAAAGGGAAAAGUAUGGAAAAAAGGAUAACUAAGGCCAGGCCAGCGUAAG